AUGGCAGCCCCGUCGCAAGGGAGUGUCUCGGCGACGGUUGUGGGUCCCAUUCCUGCGGGUCCGUGCAUCACAUGUGCCGGCGACGGCCAGCUCCACGCGCCAUUGCUUUGGCGGCCUCAGCGACGAGCCGAAGAACGGUCAUCGGUUUGUGGUCACCACGGCUCGCCGUCGUUGCCCCAGCCGGCAUUAGUGACGGGGGCGUUUUUCUCUCCUCCAGGCAUCACCUUCGACGGGUUUGCUGCGGUGGGGCCUUCCUGCACCCUCGCCGCAGCUGCUUUCCGGCUCGCUGGGGCCGAGCUUCGCUAA